AUGGCGCCCCCUGUGCUCUCUGCAUGCGUCCUGGAGGAGGAGGAGGACCAGCGACUACUGCAGCAGCAGCAGCAGCAGCUGCAGCAGCAGCAGCAGCUGGAGGAGCCUGUGCCUCUUAUAAGUGGGGCGUCGUUGCGUCGUAGAGACAGGGCGCCUGCUGCAGCAGCAGCAGCAGCACAAACACCAUCAACAGCACUAGGGAGCAGCAGCAGCAGCAGCAGCAGCAGCAGCAUAUCUGGCAGUCGUGCGGGUUGGUCUACCCUACAGCAGCAGCAGCAGCAGCAGCAGCAGCAGCGUCGUACGCAGCAGCAGCAGCAGCAGGACGGUAAGAUAUUGCUGCCUUAUAAGACAAUAGCAGCAGCAGAUACAGCGCAGCAGUGCAGGGCCUUUGGUCUGCCCCUACCUUCUCUUAAUUCUGCUGCAGCAGAUGCAGCAGCAGCAACAGCAACAGCAGCAGCAGCACGAGCUGCACGGGGUGCAGCAGCAGCAGCAGAGCCACCUUCGUCUGCUGCUGCUGCUGCCGCUGCGGCUGCCUACCUGUCUCCUGGUGCUGCACCUCCCCCUUAUGUGAGCUGCUUAGGAGGUGUCAGCAGCAGCAGCAGCAGCAGCAAGCUACCGGGUCUGCAGCAGCAACAGCAGCAGCAGCCUCUUGCUUCUGCUGCGCUGCAGCGAUGGGAGGCAGAUUCCUUAGCAGAGUUGCUGCUGGAGCCUCCUCCGCAGCAGCGCAGCAGCAGGAACAGCAGCAGCAGCAGCAACAGCAACAGCAGCAGCAGCAGCAGCAGCAGCAGCAAGUGCCGCAGUGUCUGCUGCGCUCUGUUUCUAUACGAUCAAGGAGACAAGGAUAUGUCUCCUCGUUUGCUGCUGUCUUAUUCCGAUGGUUUGCUGCAGUUGCUGCAGCAGCAGCAGCCUUCUGCUGCAGCAUCAGCAGCAGCAUGCAAGGGACUACUCGUGCUGCAGCAACUGCAGCACAGGGCAGAGGAUUCUUUGCUGCUAGGGGGGCCCCCUGUGUCUCUAUUAGGUGUAUCUAAGCUGCCUCUUGCUGCUGCUGCUGCUGCUGCUACUGCAGCAGCAGCAGCAAGAGGGGGUGUACAUACAAAACAUCCAUAUAAGAAGCAGCUAAAGCAGCAGCAGCGCAGGCAGCACCAACAGCAGCAGCAGCAGCAGCAGCAGCAGUAUAUGAAGCAGCAGCAGCUGCAGCAGCAGCAACAGCAGCAGCAGCAGCAGCUGGUUGGCUUCUGUAUUGCGUGGCAGAUGCCGCGAUCUAUCCGUAUUGGGUCUCCUUUGCUGCUGCUGUGGGAGCCAGCAGCAGCAAUGCCUUCUCUUAGGGGCUCCUUCUUACAGAGCCAGCAGCAGCAGCUGCAGCAGCAGCAGCAGCAGCAGCAAUUGCUGCUGCAGCAGACACCGUCUCUGUACUCCGUUGGUAGCAGCGCAACACGCACUGACCCGUUGCUGCUGCAGCAAAGCAGCAGCAAGCUGCCUCUAUUAGGCAGCAGCAGCAGCAGCAGCUUGCUGCUGUCUAACACAGCAGCAGCAGAUCCUGCAUUUAGUAAGCGUGUCUUUGGGGGCAGCGGGGGCUUAACGAAUUCUCUGCUGCAGCGGCAGCAGCAGCAGCAGCAGCAGCUGACGCACCUAUCGCAGCAGCUGCUGCUGCAGCAGCAACCCGCAGAUCCAAUGUCAAGCUUAGGGCUACUAGGAUUGAGCAGCAGCAGCAGCAGCAGCAGCAGCAGCAGCGCUGCUCUAGACAAUGCCCGGAAGCAGCAGCAGCUACUGCUGCAGCAGCAGCAGCUGCUGCAGCAGCAGCAGCAAUUGUUAGGGAUGAAUCGUCUAGGGUACAGGCAGCGUUUGCUGCAGCAGCAGCAGCAGCAGGAUCAGCUGCAGCAAUGGCAGCGCCGUCGUGCACAAGAGCAGCUGCUGCAGCAGCUGCAGCAGCAGCAAUUGCUGCAGCAGCAAGCGGAUGCGUUCCCUCUUGGUGCUGCAGCAGGGCCUGAUUUAGAGCUCUUCCCUCCUUAUAACAGAGCAGCAACAGCAGCAACAGGAGCAGCAGCAGCAGCAGCAGCAGCAGCAGCAGGGCCUCUAGGAGACCCCUUGUGGGGUCUUACGUCCUCUGCCUUCCCCUUAAGGAGACGCUUGCUGCCUGUUAUACGGCAGCAGCCGUAUCAGCUGCUGCAGCAGCCCCUGCAGCAGCAGCCGCUGCAGCAGCAGCAGCAGCAGCGGCAGCCGCUGCUGCUGCAGCAAAGCAGCCGCUGGGGUUCUUUUGUUCCUGCUGCAGCAACAGCAUACGGAAGAGCAGCAGAGCCUCUAUGGCCAUCUAGAUUAGCUUCCUCUUUUGCUGCUGCUGGCAGCAGCAGCAGCAGCAGCAGAGUUGCCAAUACACCCGAAAGAGGCCUGCUGUCUAUGCAGCAAGACCAAUGGUCACCAUCCCUCUCUUCUUAUUAA